AUGUCGACCCACAGAAAUAGUCAAAGGUUAAAGCUACCCAACACUAAAGACUCCUCAUUAUUGCAUAGACUUGCUGUUGGAAUGGUUUUGAAGCUAGGAAGCCCCAGUGUACGGGAUCCACCACCGGGGAAGGCGAAGAAACCGCCUAUAACUCAUGUUCAUAUCCCCCUCACUAAAGAAAAGGACCCGAACGCUAGAGAAGCAUUCAUAUGCACGACCGUUGGGCAGGAUGGGAAAAAAGGGACUACAUAUAUCGUUAGAACCAACGAAACCAAGAAGGAGAAGCUGGCCAGAUUGAGCAAAAAGUUAGAUAAAGAGAGAAACAAGGACAAGCAGCAGCUACUUAUCAAAAGGAUAGAGAAGGCAAAAAACGCCCACACUGAUAGGAUGUCUCACACACUCAGAGAUUAUACAUUCGCACCUUUUGAAUCAAAAUUUGAGCCAGGAACACCGGAGUGGAUAGAAGAGCUUGAGCAGUCGGCAAGGGAUGAACAGUCAAUUGCUGGAUCAGUCAGGGGAAACGGGAGUGUACAUAUUCAGUUGCCAGAGGAGCCGGAGCAUCGUGCAGAAGCAGCCUCUAACUCUGGACGCAGUGAAACAGGGCACUCUGCCCGCCAUGUAGCGGUGGACUCUAGCUCAGGACCCAGCGCAACAGGCCAGGCUGUACACCAUGCAGAAGUUGACGAGCAUUUCGUGGAACAUGAUGAGUAUUAUGAGCCUUACGUAGAGCAUCAAGGCGCCUCAGGGCCGUCCCAUGAGCCUGUCCACCAAGCUCACGAGCCAGAAGAGCAUCAAGGGGCCCCAGAGCCGUCACAUGAACCGGUCCACCAGGCUCAUGAGUCAGAAGUUCAUGAACAGGCCCGUAAUCAGAAACUUGAACGUCAUUCAAAUUCAGAAACGAGUUCGGACGUCCAUCAUCGUUCUCGAACACUAUUACUAGUACGCCGUACGCGUCCGCGCGGUCAACGACCAGAUAUUAAUUCAGACGACUCGGAUUCAGACGAUGAGGGCCCCUCAUUGCUCACCGCCUCUGGCUCAACAAUAACGUUUAGUAUCUAA